AUGAGUGAACCAGAAACCCCGUUUCAAGUAAUUGCUCAUUACCCUUUCAAGUCUGAGCAUGAGGAUGAUUUAAACUUCGAUAAAGAUCAGUUAAUAACGGUCACGUCUGUGGAGGAUGAUGAGUGGUAUUUUGGGGAAUAUGUAGAUGCUGGAGGGAAUGUUUUGGAGGGUAUCUUUCCCAAGAGCUUUGUGGCAGUGAAGAGCAGUAAGGACAGCUCAACUGGACGUAAAGCUGUGGGUCUGACGGAGACAAAAACUAAGGAUGACACUCAUGAUGAGGAAGAGUUCGUGGAUGCUGAGUCUAUGGAAUCACCCACCGUCGGUAAGAGAAAAUCCAUCUUCGAUCAGGAUGAAGUAGCCCCCAUGCCAAGGGCUAGCGAGUUCUUUGACUCUGAAGCGAUGCCGGUAAAGAAGACAGUGGUGGCUAACCCACCGCAAUUUUAUGUGCCACCUCCGAUUGCACAGGAGGCGGAAAAGCCUCAGGUGGCAGUGAGGAAGCCAGAAGUUCCAGAGCCAGUCAACAGGACGACAGCUGAGGGUGAUCUCGGAGACUCAGGCAGUGCUGCAACAGGCCUCCCAAAGGUUAGCCUGAAGGAAAGAAUAGCACUUCUUCAAGAGCAGCAAAGGCUACAGGCAGAGCGUGAACGUGAGCUUGAGCUCAAACGAAGCGAGGAGGUGCAUGCAGAGGAAGACGACAAAUAUCAGGACGAGGAGCGAGUUAAAGAAGCUAAUGAUGAACCUCGAGGAAAGGAAAAAGCAACAGUAAUCAACUCUGAUCCGGCUGGCCUUGAACAUCAGCAUAUCCCAGAGGGCUUUCUUGUGCCGGCUGACAACAAGGAUAGUGCACCAUUAGAUGAGCAGCCUGGGCGCGAGGAGCAGCCUGUCCAGCACAAUGACGAGGAACAAGAGAAUGAAGCAUCAGGGGAAGAAGAGGACAGCGAAGAAACACGCCGUGCCGCGCUCAGGGAGAGGAUGGCAAAGCUCGCAGGUGCCGGUAGGUUUGGUGGACCAGCUUCGUUCAACCCUUUCGGAAUGCCUGCAGGCGGAUCCACCGGAUCCACGGCCACAAAAAUGCAUGCUAAGCCGGAACCACAAAUUGAGAGUAUGAUACCACAGGCUGUUCCUGUAAUGCCCUUCGCUGACCCUAAUGCAGUCCCUUUCUUGAUCAAGAAAUCCAGAAGAAAAUCGGAGAGCUCUGAUGAAUCUCCCGACGAAAGUCCUAAAGACACUACAGUUGUGCCAAAAGUUUCGACGACAGGCGGACAGACACUCGCAACGCUUGAUCCAUCUGCACUCAACACCCCCGGCUUCGAUGCCGAUGAGGAAGAAGCAGGAGAAGAAGGCGCUUAUUUCGGAGAAGACCUGACAGCCCCUACGCAUGAUGGAGAAGCUAUUGAGCAAGGCGAAGGUAUCGUUGGAGAUUUACCACCGUCUGGGUCCACUGAAGGAUAUCAAUCGUCUGAUGACAGUCGCUGUGCAUCUACUGAUAAUAUAGGGCAGGCAUCGUCAGCCUUCGAACCCCUUAUUGUACCAACUCCAAACAUUUCCAAAUUGAAAGAUGAGGAGAAAGCGGUUCUAAAUUCUAUGGCUCCGGCAAUUGAUCUGCCAUUAGAUAAUAUACCUCCGAGUGUUCCUAUUGGCGAGGAACUGGCACCUGAAGUUCCCGAGUCUGCAGAAAUUCCUCUCGAUCCAUCAGAACUAGUGCCCCCUGCACCCCCGGUUCCUGGUGUUGAUAUGUCCAAGAUUAAGCCUUCGACGAAACCACCAAUCUCUGCAGUGCCACCUUUGCCCUCGGAUCUGGAGAUCAAGACCCCGCAUCCGCCUCAUCUACGCCGGAAUUCAUUUGAAGGGAAAGGAGAACAAGGCUUUGCAGCUAACAAAGAUGUCCCUGCUGUUUCCUCGCUUUCACAACCGCAGCCCGAUAAGGGUAAGCGGGCUCCACCGCCACCGCCACCGCCACCGCCUGCUCCUGCUCCUGCGCGUUCUGUUGGCUCUGAACUGGGGUCCACUUUGAGCGGUCCUCCACCGCCACCACCCGCAGUCCCUUCAAUCCCUGCUGUCGAACGCGCAGCUAUACAAUCGCAUCCACAUCCCAGUAGAGCACCACCUGUACCAAUUCCACUGGCACCUCCUGCUGUGGCCAAAAGUGAGAGACCAAACUAUCUAAGACAUGAGCCAAUGCCACCCGAGGGACAACCCCCGGUUGCCAAUCCACCUCCCGCUCCUAUCACCUCAUUGCAAAGAAGAACCACUACAGGUGACGGGCUAGAAGCUGCGCACGAAAGUUCAGUAGAAUUUGAUCCCACUGACCUGUGGUGGCUUCACAAAACGGCUCCUAGCAAGCUCUUCAGCCCUAAAUCUAACUAUCUGAUGGAAGUUGAUGAUCACUUAAUCAAGAAGAGACUUUCUCAAAGUAUCAUGGUAAGGGAUUUUUAUUUCUUAUUUGAAGACUAUUCCCAACUUCAUCUGAGCCUCACCUUUGACAUAGAUAAUCCGCAAGCGACCGUUCAGUCGACCCAGAGAUUUGUCGCUCUCAAGAACAACCCUGAAUUACUGAGUACGUCCUCUGAGAAAUAUGGUAGUUACAUCAUCCAGAGGGCAUCAGAGCUGAUUCAAUCUCAAAAUCCGGAUUUUGUUAAUUCCAUUUUAUCGCAGCUGUCUAACGAGAUCGUAAUGCCAAUCGAGUCCCGAACGUAUGGAGUUGUAUUACUCAGUUAUAAGGCUGGUCAGACCCUUAACUUAGAAGCAUUAAGAAGCAUUAGGGCUGGAGAUAUUCUUGUUAUAAGGAAAGGUAAGUUUGAAACCCAUAGGAAACUCGGUCCUAAGGAAGUCGUAAAAGUUGGCAUGGAAGCCGUCCCUCAUACCGCUGUUGUUACUGAGUAUGACCAUAGUAAGAAUAAGCUACGUGUCAUUGAGCAGAAGGAUGGAAAGAUAACUCAAACUGGUUACAGGCUAGAACAUAUGAAGGCCGGUAAAUUAAAGAUAUUCAGGGUCAUCGGAAGGGAUUACGUCGGAUGGUGA